AUGCGACGUUGGCAUGAUACAAGUGUAGGAGAAUUAUAUGUGUUUUUUGCACUGUUGAUGCUGAUGGGUCAUAUACGUGAUUCUGACCUCAAGAAUGACUCGCAUGGAUUCUCUGCUGAGAUGGUGAAGAAAAUGAUGGAUCGUUACCUAGGUGGGAAGCAUAUCCUUUACUCCGAUGAUUUUAAGACCUCCCCAAGCCUUACAGAAUUCCUUGGAAAAAACAGGUCAUGUGUCACAGUACCUGCAGAUAAGGAACAACAGCAAGAGUUUGCAAAAGUUAUUCAUAGUGAAGGUCAACUGCAGAAGGCUGACAAGUUGCUUGCUAUAUGCAGGCAGGACAAACAUGCAGUAAAUGUACAAACCAUUAAUCAAAAGGGAGACAUGGUAGAUAGUUGUAAGAAGGACAAAACAACAGGGAAGCCUAUCAUGAAACCUGAAACUGCAUUGGAUUAUGGUGUACGGAUUUGCCAGGUUGACAAAAGUGAUUUGAUGGUUGGCAGCAUUGAAUGUGUUCGCCGUACUGUGAAAUGGUACAAAAGAAUGUUUUUACAUUUAAUGGACAUCACAGUCCUCAAUUCAUAUAACUUGUAUGUGGUAAAAACUAGCAAGAAGGUAUCACUUAGAAUCUUCAGCAAAAGACUCAUUGAACAGAUUUUGGAAACAUAUGGCGUGGUGCAGAGAAGGGCAAGAGGUUGCUCGCAAGCUGGCCUCCCAGACAGACUCCUUGGUCGAGAUUAUAUAGCCCGUCAUUUCCUUGAAGCUCUGCCACCCACUGCUGGGAAACCCAAGGCACAAAGACAGUGUCAUAUUUGCAAAAAUACAACAAAGCGAGCUGGCCGGCGCAAAGAUGUCACAACAUGGUGUAAAGAAUGUGGUGUAGCCUUGAUGAGAGUGUCUGUAAGGCCGAAGAUCAAGUCAGACUGGGAUAUGUGA